AUGGCGUCAGUUCCUUCUCAAGAUAAGUUCAGUGUCGGACAGCGAGUAGCUCUCAAGGAGCCCGAAAAGGGCCACCAUUACGCGCCACGUGGCACCGUGCGAUACGUCGGACCCGUGGACGGUCACAAGGGCGAGUGGGUUGGCGUAGAGUGGGACGAUCCUUCGCGAGGAAAGCAUGACGGAGUGGUAACCGGGAAACGUUACUUUCAGUGCGAAAAGGUCCCUGCUGGCACGCCGGCCGGAUCGUUUGUGCGACCGCAGAAGCUGACUGGAGGAGUCACUCUGCGUGAUGCAUUGCUGGACCGCUAUAACACAAGCGGGGAGGACUAUAAAGCCCUGACAGAGCUCGACAUGUCAUUCCACCUCCUAACCGACUGGCACGAGGUGCAGAGGGUAGGAGAGGAACUACCGGGCCUCACAGCCCUGGACAUUGGCCAUUCCAGACUCGCCUUUCCUUUGGCUGUUGUAUCGUCGUCUCCUUAUGCUGGUUCCUCUCGAUCCACUCCUCCUGCACUCUCCGCUUCUCCGCUGGCUGGGCUGAGGAAGCUCGGGCUGAGCAACACACGAGUCACAUGGGCCCAGGUGUGUGUGUGGAGCAGGUUUGAACGUGUUGGAUUGUUUUCCCAAUUCCCUUCCCAAACUCCUUCUCGAGCUUCUCCUCUCAUCAAACUGCUUACCCAUCUCCCUCUCGAACUCCUUCAACCGCUCCUCACCCCUCGUUAUCCAAUCUCCUUGCUUCAACUCCACAUCCAGGUGGAGGAAAUCUCCCGGCAGCUUCCCCUUCUCGAGACUCUGGUUCUGAUCAAGAACGAGAUUGCAAGUCUGCGACCCAUGGGUGGUGCCGUGGCCAGUCAACCUCCUCUGGACUGCCUUCAGCACCUGACCUACCUAGACCUAUCCAGCAAUAGCAUUGCUGACUGGGCUCAAGUCUCCUUCCUCUCGGCCUUGCCCUCCUUGAAAUGGUUGCUGCUCUCAGGGAAUCAGAUCGCCAACAUUCCUCGGGUUGAUGACAAAGCUGCACACGCCUCCAUUUUUCACAGCCUGCAUCAUCUCUCUCUAGCUGACAACAACUUGUGUGAAUGGGCGUCCAUCAAUGCCCUGGCCCUCACAUGCCCGAACCUCAAGGAGCUCGUUCUCUCCCACAAGCCUUAUGUGCCCAGAUUGCCUUCAGCCAAUCAAACGCCAGCCUCAACCAGUGCUCGAGCUAAUGGCAACACGACAGAUGGCAACGGGUCAGGGGGCGGAGAGGCAGCGAACGGGAGUCUGACACCUGGCAUUGGCGGUGCUGCUGCUGCUGCUGAUGAUGGGGAGGAGGGUGAUGGGAGGGUGGAGAGGUGUGAGUUUGGGCUGGGAGUGACGGAGGAAGGGAGGAUGGGAGUGAUCGCAAGGAUUGGGUCGAUUCAGAAGCUCAAUCUCGCUCAGAUCCUACCCAGGGAGCGCACGGAUGCAGAGAUAUGGUACAUCUCCCACGCCAUCCGCUCGCUCCCCCACGCCACGUCCCUCCCUCAACUCGUAUCCGCGGGCCACCCUGCCCUGCCUGCUCUUCUCGCCAAGCACGGCCUCGACUUGGUAUCAGAGCGGAGGAAACUCCUCCCAGGCUUCUAUUCCAACACUAGCACAUCUGCCACCCUUGCACCUGGUGCUGCUGGUGCUGCCGUUGGUGCUGCCGGUGCUAGCAGCAAUUCUGGUGAUGUUACUGCCAGCUCCAAUCGCCCUAGCAGCUCUUCAUUCCUCAGCAUCACGUUCCGGGUGAUUUCUCCUGAAGGUAGCGGUAGCAGCACAGCCAAGGAGGUCACCAAGAAGCUUCCUCAGUCCACAACUGUGUCUAAAAUGCGGCCCCUCAUUGCGCGACUCCUCAAGCUGGAUCCCCGCUCCGUCUCCCUCUUCCUCCUGCCAUCCACCCUUGAAGGCGUUCAGCCUCUCCCUUCGCUCCUGCUGGACAAUACGGUGCCUCUUGGGGUGCUGCUGCAUUCUACUACCACAGCUGCGUUGAAUGCUUCACAGGCGACCAUUGUUGUUGAUACCUCUCUGGAUGUUCAGCAGGUGGCAUCGCUUUCAGUACCUCAGGUUUUGGCAUGUGAGCAACGGUUAGCAAGGUUGCUAGAGAAAGUAUGA